AUGGCCUUCAUCAAUGUCUUCGGCAAGCCCAGUGAGGGUGCACGGGACCGUAUUCCAGCUGAAACCAGGCUAGAUCUGGAGGGCACAGAGGAGCAAGAGGAGACCCUUCUGUGGGUCCCGCCACUGGGGAUCCAUCCAGACAGGCACAAAGCAAAGGGACUACUGCAGGAAGUGGUGGAGGUAGAGGAAUUAGCCCAGGAGGGGGACUCUGGCUCUUUCUCCGUCUCCACUCACAGAGAUGCCCAGCCUUUGCUGAAGGACAGGGACCCAAGGGGAAUCAACAAGUGUCUAAAGGUAAUGUUUGAAGACAUGAUUGCAGAGCCCCGCUCAGUACGGAGCUUUGAUAAGGUGUGGUUGUGGAGCCAUGCCCUGUUUGAAGUGUCCCGUCUCUGGUGCUACCGGCUCAUAUCUGUCCUCUUUGCUGUGCCCGUUUCUCUGUUGGCAGGGAUCUUCUUUGCUGUCCUCAGCUGCAUACAUAUUUGGCUGAUCAUGCCCUGUUUGCAGCUUUUCCUGAUCAACAUGCACUGGGUUCUGACUGCCUGGGGCAGUGUUUUAAACAUUGUUUUUGCCCCCCUUUGUAAGAGUAUUUCGAAGUGCUGUGGUAACAUCAAUGUCCUACUGACCAAGGACUGAGAGAUGGAUGUUUGGUUCUGUCACUAUGAGAGUGUGGAUGGAGUGGACUGGAUUGGGUGUAAGCUCCCCAAAUAGAAACUGGUUCUUUGCAGUCAUGUCAAGAAACUAUGAAGUCUGUCAUCUUUAAUGAACUAA